UUUGCCUCAUUGAAAAUAAGUAACAAAUAAUUAAUGACUAAGCCACUAACUGGGAAUAAUGUCCUGUAAUUCCUGAGGAUUUAAACAAAAUCAUGUGGGUCUUUUUUUUUUCCUGCCUAUUUAAAAUUUCAAAUAAUGGGGGUAAUUCUUGGCAGGAAUAUUUUAGGAGGAAUGUGGUUCCAGCCACAUUGCAUUCCUUGGAGUACAAACUUAUCCCAAAAGGGAGAAAUAAAGGGAAUAUUUACACUUUUUCCUGGGAAUGUUAAUGGAUAAAAAAAACAUCUCCUGCAUACCCUUGCUUUGCUGCCACUACAUUUGUUGUGCUUAUCUCUCCAUGCUGCCCAUUUUUUUCGGGAAGAUGAGGACACGGAAAAAUCCCUGCUCCGUGGACAAGGUUUGUCUGGAAAAGCACCGGAACGACGAGAUCGAGCAGGAAGAACCGGACCGGGAAGCACCAGAGCCCGAGGCCAUCAACGGGAUCUGCCACGAGGAUUCCAUCGAGGGGGAAUUCAAAGGGGACCCGAAAAAAACCAGGAAUGGCAAAAAACAACGGAAACGGAAGCGUUCCCCGAAACCCAAAGCUCAGGAUUCCAAGCUGGAGGCGAUCCUGGAGGGAAUGUUGGCGGAACAUGUGUGGUUUGACAAGCCCCUCUAUGACCGCGCCGAGAGUGCCUACAGGAAAAAAUUAGCGGAUUCACAGAGUUGGGAAUUGCCUGAGACUGGAAAAAUGGCUCAGGAAUCUCCUGCCGUGGCCAGGUCAAAAUCCAGCCAUGAAGUUCCCAAGGCAAGGAUGCUCCCAGUGUGUUCCCACGGGAGCCUGGCUGCCUGUCACCACGUUGUCCAGGGGAUUUGGAUCAACAAGUUUGACUUCGAUAAGGCCGAGAGGGCGUUCAUGGAAAAAUCCCAGUUUUUCCUUCCUCCCAACGUCCUGGCCAUCCCAUCUGUGUGGGCGAAUUCCAGGCUGGGAACACCGGAUGAGGGCUACAGCACAGCCUUGCCCACUCCUGCCACACCAGGCUUGGCUCCCGAUAUUCCCAACUCUCCUGUGGCCUCCAUUCCCAGUUUGCCCAGCUCUGACCAACAGACGGUCAAUGGGAAGCCACAGAUUUCCAAUUGGGAAGUUCUGGCAUCUGAGGUGUGGCUGGAAAAGCCUCUCUAUGAUGAUGCUGAAAAGAAUUUUUAUGAGAAGAUGUUGGACGGGCACCCCUCGGAUAAAACCCAACGGCGGCCACGUGGCUGCCCGGAAGCAUCCAAGAAUCACAACCAUGGGAAGCAAAUGGGAAUUGCCACCAGCAACCAUCAGUUUCCUGAUAUUCCCAAGGAAAAUCCCACCUGCUUUUUCCUGCACAAGGACAGCGAAUCUGUGUGGCUGAAUAAGGUGACUUAUGACAGGGCCGAAUCCCGAUACUUUGCCCUGGAAGCGGCCAGAGCAGCGGAGAAAACAGGGAUCCAGGAAUCUGCUGCUGGAAAUCCCUCCCAUCCAGCUGCUCCGAGCAUUCCUGCACCGGAAAUGAAGAAAAUGGCUGUGGAUUACUUCCUGCACGACAAGAUCUGGUUUGACAAGUACAAAUACGACGACGCCGAGCGAAGGUUCUACGAGCAGAUGAACGGCCCCAUGGGUGCCCCCUCCCGCCAGCAGGAGAACGGAGCCAGCACGAUCCUCCGCGACAUUGCCAGAGCCAGGGAGAAUAUCCAGAAAUCGCUGGCCGGACAGCAGAAGACUCCUGCUCGGAGCAAGGAAGCUCCUUGUGCCCGUCCCAAGAAACAGUCGGGACGCUCCACUAGUGCAAGCACAACCUCCUCUGGAGCUGCUGGUGACCAGAAUGAGCUCCUGUCCCGAAUUUCCCACCUGGAAGUGGAAAACCAGAACCUCCGCAGUGUUGUUGCAGACCUCCAGAUGGCCAUUUUCAAGCUGGAAAGCCGCCUGAAUGCUCUGGAGAAAUCUUCAACUUCCCACCAGCCCUCACCUGUUCCUCCAACCCAGAAAGUGGAACCGUUCAGCGUUCCCUCCAAAAAAGUGGAGCUCCCAGCCAAGAAAGCUGAGCCAGCUGCUGCCGAGGAGGAUGAUGAUGAUGACAUUGACCUUUUUGGGAGCGAUGAUGAGGAGGAAGACCAGGAAGCUGCCAAAGUCCGGGAAGAGCGGCUCCGGCAGUACGCGGAGAAGAAGGCCAAGAAGCCAGGACUCAUCGCCAAGUCUUCCAUCCUGCUGGAUGUGAAGCCAUGGGAUGACGAGACUGACAUGGCCAAGAUGGAGGAGUGCGUGCGGUCCAUCCACAUGGACGGUCUGGUGUGGGGCGCCUCCAAACUGGUCCCAGUUGGAUACGGAAUCAAGAAACUCCAAAUCCAGUGCGUGGUGGAGGACGAGAAAGUCGGGACAGACAUCCUGGAGGAGGAGAUCACCAAGUUUGAGGACUAUGUGCAGAGCGUGGAUAUUGCUGCUUUUAACAAGAUUUAGAAGGAUAAACUGUAUCCCCGUCCUCAAACCUGGAACUAAUAAAGAUGAACAUUGGGAGUGCA